AUGACCUCGGUCGACUCAACAUCGUCCAAGAAGGAUGAGGAUGAGGAGCGCGAAAUCAUGCACGACUUGGCGGAAGAUGAGGAACAUGAGGAUGUCAGUUCGGAACUAAACGCCGCUCAACAAGAAUAUCUGGCAUACAAUCAGCAAUUGGAAGAAUUCUUGUCACCAAUGUUCCUGGAUGAGGCUGUGCUGUACAAACUAGCCCGGCGCUUUUCCACCACAUACCGCAACCUUGCCCUGACAUCGGACCAGCAAUUUUUACCUACACCAGUGACUCAGCUUCCUACUGGUCGGGAAACAGGUCGCUAUCUAGCCAUUGAUGUAGGAGGUAGCAACCUUCGAGUCGCUUUUAUCGAAUUGCUCGGAGAAGCCGUGGAUUCCGAUGUUCGACCUACAGAUGCCACGGAAAGGUCACGGGACACCAUCCGGAAGGCUCAGCGCCAACGGGUGAAGCGAACGCUGGAACGAGCAUGGCCUAUCCAAGAGCAUUUGAAGAUGGACAAGGCUGAGGAUCUCUUUUCUUGGAUCGGUGAUUGCAUUGCGGAGGUGGUAGCGGAGAGUCUAUCAUCGGAUGCCACUAAGAAGGAUAUCCCUGCCGAAUUAGAUAUGGGCAUCACAUUCAGUUUCCCUAUCAUGCAAGAAUCAUUGGCAGAAGCCACAUUAAUGCCCACGGGCAAAGGCUUCGCUAUCUCAUCAAAUCUCAAUCUUGGCAACAUCCUUCUGAAUGGAUACGAAAAGCACACAAGGAGACCGGAUGAUGAAGACGAACCUUCAACCAAACGUCGAAAGCUUUUCGCAUUACCAAAGCUAAAAAUACAAGCUAUCACCAACGACACGGUGGCCACGCUAGCUUCCCUUGCAUACAAGGUCAAAUCUCUACCAAAUAGCAGAGUCGCCAUGGGCAUCAUUGUGGGUACUGGCUGUAACGCAACCAUCCCAAUGAAACUCAGUGCAUUGCACGAAUCUAAAGCCAAGAGCGUGAACACAAUGGACCCCGGCGCUGUGGAGACUAUUGUCAACACGGAGUGGACUAUUUCUGGUGCUGCGCCACCCCUCAAGGAGCUCAAUGUGACCACAAAAUGGGACGUCGAGCUGGACCGGGCCUGUGCACGUCCAGGCUUCCAGCCCUUCGAAUACAUGACUGGAGGCCGCUACAUUGGCGAAUUGAUUCGCCUAAUCCUGAUUCGACUAUCUCACAACAAUUGCCGAAUUAUCGAAACGCUCCCUACCUGCAAACCUCCCUUGAACAAGUCCCUCCCUCCACCAGAGAGCAGUGACUGGCGCUGGGAUGCCCGAGCCGCAGGUGCAUUCAGAAAGAUCGCUCGUGCAGUACAGAGACGAUCAGCUGGUCUGAUCGCCGCUGCAGUGGUCGGACUCCUAGCCUGUGCUCGCGAGAUCGAGCUGAAGGAAGACAGCAACAGCAGCUCACCCGAGAAUCCCGCUUCACCUCAGAGCAACGGUGACGCCAUUACCGAGUCCGCCGGUGCACCGGACGCUGCAGCUGCAAGUCUCAACUCUGCUGCCGUUGCUGCGAACCACGCAGCCCAGGAGCAUGUCGUCCCUGUCCUCGAUCCCACGCCGAUAGAUUGGCAGUCCGGUCCUGAAGAGCUCGUCGUGGCUUACACUGGAGGUAUUAUCCAACACUACCCGCAAUUCAAGGAGAUGUGUCAGCAAUACAUUGACCGUCUUAUCAUGCGCACUGGUCCGCAACGUGGAGGCAAGUCGGUUUUCUUACGGGAAGCCUCCGACGGUGGUGUCAUUGGCGCUGGUGUUUUGGCUGGCAUGGUUGUGCGGAAAUGA